UAACUCUUUCACCCACUCCUUUGAAAACCUUUUUUUUUCUCUCUUUUGUUCUCUUCUUCUUGUUGUUAUCUCAUUUUCUUGUUCUCAUCCUCAAAAAUGAUUCCUCCAAAUUUCUGCUACACAUCCCUUCACAAUAUAUUCUUCACUCUUAUACUAUUAGCAACCCAAACCUUCUCUCUUGAUCCAAAUUAUGAGGCAUGUGAGCCCAAAUCAUGUGGCAAAGGUCCCAAGAUCUCCUUUCCAUUCUAUCUAUCAGGGAAGCAAAAACCCUUCUGCGGCUAUCCCAGUUUCGAACUCACUUGUGACGAUGACCAAGAGCUUCCUCUUCUCGGGAUCGCCGGUGAGGAGUACGUCAUCAAGAACAUAUCUUACGAGAAUCACUCUCUACAGGUCGUGAACUCAAGGGUUUCUCAUGAUCCAUGUCCCAGCCCUAUGCAUAAUCUUACCCUCCAUAGGACUCCUUUCUCAGUGAUCUCCUCUAAUACCAAUUUCUCCAUACUUUACAAUUGCUCUGACAACCUACCGAAGGGUUUUAAGACAUACCCUAUUACUUGUUAUGACAACAAGAGUCUUCCUUCUUUUGGGGUCUUCCAAGGGGAGAAUCUAGGGAAAGAAAACAUUUAUACUUCCAGUUCGUGUCAGAAACAAGUCGAUGUUCCUGUUUCAGCUAGUGGCAAAACUAAUGUGAACAUGUCUUUGGGUAUAAGUUACGUUGAUGUUUUGAAGAGAGGUUUUGUUCUGAACUGGGAUGCACACAGUUGCGUCCGCUGCAAUAGCAGCGGCGGACGAUGUGGACAUAAUAUUAGUAAGGAGUUUGUUUGCUUUUGUCCUAAUGGACCUAAGAUUCAUGAUACCUGCCAAACCGGUCUAAAUUUGGGGUUGAAGAUCGGCAUAGGUAUUGGCGCGGGAGUUUUGGGAUUAACAGCUGCGAGCAUAGCUUGGUUUGUAUACCAUCGUAAGAAAACCAAAAGUUACAGAACUUCGUCAACAUUGCUUCCAGGAAACAUAUCCACAGAACCAUCUUCAAAAUCUUCAGAAAUAGAGAAAGCAGAGGAUAUUUUAGUCGGGGUUCGUCUUUUCUCUUACGAAGAACUAGAAGAAGCCACUAGUAACUUCGACCCAUCUAAAGAACUAGGUGAUGGAGGCUUUGGUACUGUCUACUACGGUAAGCUUAAAGAUGGAAGAAGCGUAGCUGUCAAACGGUUAUAUGAUAACAACUUCAAAAGAGCAGAACAGUUCAGGAACGAAGUUGAGAUCUUAACGGGUUUAAGACAUCCCAAUCUCGUGUCUCUCUUUGGAUGCUCCUCGAAACAGAGCCGGGAUUUAUUGCUAGUGUACGAGUAUGUUGCAAACGGAACGUUAGCUGAUCAUCUACAUGGUCCACAGGCUAAUCCUAGUUUACUUCCUUGGUCUAUUCGGCUCAAGAUAGCUGUUGAAACAGCAUCUGCUUUGAAGUAUCUACACGCCUCUAAGAUCAUUCACCGUGAUGUUAAGUCCAAUAACAUUCUACUGGACCAAAACUUCAAUGUCAAGGUUGCGGACUUUGGACUUUCGAGAUUGUUUCCAAUGGAUAGAACACACGUAUCAACCGCUCCACAAGGAACUCCAGGCUACGUCGAUCCAGAUUACCAUCUAUGCUAUCAACUCUCCAAGAAAAGCGACGUCUACAGCUUCGCCGUAGUGUUGAUGGAGCUUAUCUCCUCGCUUCCAGCUGUUGACAUCACGAGAACACGCCAAGAGAUCAACCUCUCGAACAUGGCAGUCGUUAAAAUCCAGAACCACAAACUCCACGAAAUGGUGGAUCCUUCACUCGGGUUCGACACGGAUACAAGAGUGAGAGAGACGGUGACCACAGUAGCUGAGCUCGCGUUCCAAUGCUUGCAGUCGGAUAAAGAUCUUAGGCCGUGUAUGUCACAUGUGUUGGAGACGUUAACGAAAAUACGGAACAAUGGGUUUGGUUCAAAUAUGGAUGAUUAUGUGGAUAAGAGUGGACCGUUGGUUUUGCAGUCUCCUAAUAGUGUAAUGGAGAAAUGGGACAGUAAGUAAAUUAGUCACACGGACACUAACAUUUGUAUGUGUUUAUCAGUCUAUUAAUGUUUAAAAAUCAUUAACUGAACAGUUAGAGAUUUGUAUUUGUGUUUUGUAAUAGAUUAUACUUUUUGGGAAUGUAUAUAUGAUCUGAGUUUCAUGAA